AUGGAGGGCGACGAAGAACGAGCGAGUUUGUGGAACGGAGACCAUUUGAAAUCACGAAAUGGGCUACAUCAAAUGGCUCAAAUCCUCUUGAUCUUGGUAUCCGGUGGUUUCGGAUUUGGUGCUAAAUGCAACGACAUCUCCACUCGGAGUAACAUCAACGAGCUGUUACUUCUCCUCUCGUUGAUCUGGGUUUUGUUGGUUCUUACCUUUGCUUUCGAAUUAGCCAACCUCCCUCAUGAAAUCAAGUACAUACGAGAACGGAGAUCCCUCUAUGAUAAGAUUGUGAUGGAUAGGAUGCCGCUGGUGUGCGGAAUAGCAAUCACUGCGUUGCUUUUCACAGUUUCAUCUCAUGGUAACAACUUGAUGGGAGUAGCUAUGAUACUGGCAUAUUUAGCCGCAGUAGCCUUUCUUCAUCAGAGGAGCCACAUGGAACAGCACAUACCAAGCAGGAAGCGAGGGGGUGGGAAGCGUAUUGAAAGCAUGGAGACAGGCGAAUAUUCCUCCGAGAGUGGCAGCGAUCCUUGUGAUCCCGACGACUUGGAAGACUUCGACCAAGAUCCUCCUCCUUUUAGAGUGACACUCACUCGGAACUCUACCAUUAAUUCUGAUGACUAAAAUCCGAUCCACCUUCGCUCAUCUCUGCAAUGGUCUAAUUAAUCACCCUGUAAAUUCUGCAAACGAAGUCUCAGAACUGAUCAAGUUACACAGAUCGAGAUUGGCGAAACAUCAUCAUUGGAAACAGACUUCGUUUGCAAAAAACGGAGUGAGAGAGAGGGAAGAGAAAACAUCGGCUGAACUUUGCUAAAACAAAAAUAAAGUCUGGUGUUCGCUAAAUACAUCGUUUGUGUAUACAGACGUGGGUGUUCAGGAUAUGCAGAGAUAUUCAUACGUUUUAAUAUCUACAAGUCUCCAGCGUCCUUCGUUCUACUCAUCCACUCCAACGCCAAAUGCAAAGCUUUGUGAUUAAAGAGAAGUUUUCAAUGAA